AUGAACUUCCUACUUCUGAUGUUCCUGGUCUUCUUUGCCCCAUUGCUGCUGUUUGUUGCAUGGCUGGUAGCCUCAUCCUGUCUGGGGAAUCGUCUCCGUAAUCGCACUGGAGGAUUCUCGGCACGAUCAGGAAUGGGCUCGUACGGCCAAAGCUACCUGCGAACAAUGGCUAAUUCGAGUGCCGCCAUGUCUGAACAGAUCGAGUUGGACGACAUGCUGGCCGAGCCCGGAACUCAUCGACAAUUCGACGAAGAGGAUUGA